AAGGUUAAGUAAAUAGGUGCUGAGAGAAGUGACGAAUUGAGUAAGCAAACCACCUACUUAAGUGUGUGAUUUAGCUAUAUUCCACUUUGAAGUUCAAAGCGCAUUUACAAAAAUAUAAACAUGAUUUUUUUCUAGUACAAAUUCGAAAUUGAUUAGCAAAACAAAUGUUACUCAUUGAGCCACCUUUCCUCGUACAGGGAUACUCAUUACAUCAUUUACCACCAGUGCAAAAGUGGUUACAACAUUAGAAGUGUUCGUUUCUUUUGCUACCUCCAUUACCUAUUUAUAAAGUGUUUCUUUUCUAUUCAAUUUUUUUUCAUUUAAUCAAAUCACUUUUUUCGAAAGUUUUGAAAUUAAAAUGCCUGUGAAAUUAUAUUACACUGUGGCCAGCACCAUGGUCAGUCCUCCAAUAAGGGCUGUUGUUCACACACUGAAAGCUUUGAAUGUGCCUUAUGAGUUGGUCAAUAUUAAUUUGCUCCAGAGUGAUCAAUUGGAAAAAUUUCUCAGGAUCAAUCCUCAAUAUACGGUCCCCACCAUUGAAGAUGAAGAUGGAUUUGGUAUAUGGGAUAGUCACGCAAUCAAUGCCUAUUUGGCAAAUAAAUAUGGAAAAAAUGAUAAACUGUAUCCAAAGGAUCCUAAAGCUCGAGCCGUCGUCGAUCAAAGACUUCACUUUGAUAAUGGUGUUUUGUUCAUAUCACUCAUGAACAACAUAAAUCAAAUUAUCUUGAAAAAAACUCUCAGAAAAGUUACAAACGAACUGAAGGUGCCGGUUGAAGACAGCUACAACUUUUUGGAACAGUUUUUAGUUGAAAAACAAUUUAUAGCUGGAGAUGAUAUCACAAUCGCAGAUUUUUCCAUUCUCACCACACUUACCAACCUAUCUGUUUUUGUUCCAGUGAAUGGAGCAAAAUACCCCUUGAUAACGGAUUAUAUGAAACGUUGUGAAAUAAAUAUACCAGAUUUUCAACAAUUGGAAAAAGAAGGAAAACAAUCACUCAUAGAAGUUCUGAAGGCGUUGAAUUUUGAAUUUAAUCAAAUUGUUUAAAAUAAUCUAAGUACCUAGUAAUUUAAAAAAAAAAAAAAAAAAUAUUAUCUUGGUAGAAUUAGUAUUUAUUAUUAGCAAUAAGGUAUCAUUUUUUUAAAUUAUGUAAAUUGUGACUUAUUACAUUUUUAAGUAAGUAGGUAGGUACUAUUUUCAUUUAGGUAAUAAUUUUAUAACGCUGUCUUAUGAAUUGGUUUGAAUUUAUCUGGAAGGAAUCUUUUUUUGCACAUGAAUGCGAAGAAGUUAAGUAGGUAUCUUUUACUUAUGAUUAUGAUUUUAUUGAAUAAAUUAUUGUUUUGGUCUUU